AUGUCUGGCUACACCGUCCUUGCUGGCUUCAUACUAGUUGUCGUUGCAUCCAUUGUUACCUGGAAUCUCGCGCCAAAGCAGAACAGAACCGUCUGGAGAUCCAGUAUUAUUUUAACCUUGGCCAUGUGUUACUUGAUGUGGGCCAUCACCUAUUUGGCCCAGUUACACCCGUUGGUCGCCCCGAGAAGAUCCGACUUGAGACCGGGCUAUGCCUGA